UCUUGCGUUUCGUGGGUGUCUGUACUCUGUAUUAUCCUCUUUCUUAUGGUUUUCCCUUUUGUCUCUGAGAAAUACUUUCUGCUACUAAAAUGGGGCAUCAACCCGUACUUCAUACUUCAAUUUUUGGAGGUGGAGUAAAGUUUCCUUUGGAACCUCCUGUGGGCAGGUGGGAACAUCAUCAUAGUUGGAUAUCACUUAUGAGAAGUCAAUUAUUCCGGAAACAUCCGACUUCAUUUAGAAAAUGUUCCACAGAUUCUAUUUCGUGUUUGUCUGAGCAUUUAAGUGCACCCUGCAAGACAAAUGAGAGUACAGCAAAAGUAAUUUAUAGCGUUGCUCCUGCAGUGGGUCAUAACAAGGAGGCACAUCCAGAAUGCAGUUCAAGGAUUCCUGCUAUUGUGAGUGCUCUUGAAAAGGUGGAGCUCACUCCAAAGUUUCGAGGAUCUGAGAUCAUUCAACUUCAAAACUUUAGAACCGCUACACCAGAAGAUAUUGCAAGCGUACAUGCUAGAUCUUACAUUUUUGGCCUUGAGAAGGCAAUGGAACAGGCUUCAGAACAGGGCAUUAUACACAUAGAUGGUUCCGGACCCACAUACGCCACCGCUACAACAUUUCAGGAGUCAUUGGUUGCUGCUGGAGCAGGCCUAUCCUUGGUUGAUUCUGUGGUGGCUGCAUCAAAAAUCAGUCAGAACCCUCCGGUUGGUUUUGCCUUGAUACGACCUCCUGGACAUCAUGCCGUUCCAAAGGGGCCCAUGGGAUUUUGUAUUUUCGGUAACGUGGCUAUUGCAGCUCGAUAUGCCCAACGUGUCCAUGGACUAAGGCGUGUUUUCAUAAUUGAUUUUGAUGUUCAUCAUGGAAAUGGGACUAAUGAUGCUUUCUAUGAUGAUCCAGACAUUUUCUUUCUUUCGACUCACCAAGAUGGAAGCUACCCUGGUACUGGGAAAAUUGAUAAUAUAGGGUGCGGGAAUGGUGAAGGAACAACACUGAAUUUGCCAUUAGCAGGAGGUUCAGGCGAUAUAGCCAUGCGAACCGUGUUUGAUCAAGUAAUUGUACCGUCUGCCCAAAGAUUUAAGCCCGAUAUAAUUCUUGUGUCGGCAGGAUAUGAUGGGCAUGUACUGGAUCCGUUGGCGAACUUCCAGUUGACGACAGGAACAUACUACAUGCUUGCAUCAAGCAUCAAGCAACUUGCAAAGGAGAUGUGUGGUGGUCGAUGCGUAUUUUUCUUGGAAGGAGGAUACAAUCUCAAGUCUCUUUCGACUUCCGUUGCAGAAUCUUUCCGUGCUUUUCUGGGAGAACCGAGCAUGGCAGCACAACUUGAUGAGGGUGGGUUCUUGUAUGAUGAGCCAUCGUUUAAGGUAAAGCAAGCUAUCCAGAGGAUCAAACACAUACAUUCUCUUUAGAAAUUGUCACCCAUUCUUGUAUAUGUAUACUUGUGUAUACACCAGUGCGCGCUUAUGCACAUGAAGUUGUUAGUAAUUUGAAUAAAAACUACGUUUUCCGUC